AUGUCAACGGGAUCGAAAGCAGGCGCUUCACUGAGAGGUGUCCGCAACAGAAACAAUGCUCGAGCUGCUGAGAAGACAGCUCAAAAGACUCGAUCCAAAACCGGCUCUGUGAUCAAAGACACAGAAGCAGAGGAUCUGGAUGGAGGACUUGAGUUGAAUAAUGGCGCGAGAAAGAAGGGCAAGGCUACUAAGGCACGUUUAUGGCCACCGAUAAAUGUAGCACCCUUAAAUACACCAUUGAAGAGGCGCUUGCAAACGCUUGCUGUUACCUGGCACACAGUUUCCAUCCCUUCAUUUUUUGCAUUGUUUUUCUUUGUGCUUUACCUCGGUUGGGUGGCCUGGUUGUUCAUAGUGGUGCCGUAUUUCAUCUGGUUCUAUGGGUUUGAUCUUCACACACCGACGAACGGCAAAGUUGUCUACAGAGUCAGAGAUUGGAUGCGUAAUUUGGUCCUAUGGGAGUGGUUUGUGAACUACUUCCCUAUCACUGUUCACAAGACCUGUGACUUGGAACCUACAUUUACCACUGAGUACGUUCAAGUCGAAACAACUCCUAGUGACGAAGAGGAUUUGGUAUCGGAGAAUUCGCGCACCCCAAUUGAUAAGAUUUUUAAGUUCUUUGGUCUUCAGAAAAGGCUCAAUGAUAUGGAUCUGUCUUCAGUAUCAGAAUCGCUGGAAACCGAGGAUGAUAGCAAGAAAAGCACGACACACAAGUUGCGUAAACUUUCGGUCGGACCGCGUUACAUUUUUGGUUACCACCCUCAUGGUGUCAUCUCAAUGGGUGUCAUGGGGCUUUUCGCAACAAAUAUCGUGCGCAACGAACCUUUCAAGCCAUUUAUGAAAUUUUUGAAGCCAUUAUUUCACGACCCAUCCAAGGGUGAGAGACUCUUCCCCGGUGUUGGAUACAUUUUCCCUUUGACACUUACCACUCAAUUCACUGUCCCUUUCUUCAGAGACUACCUUUUAAGUAUGGGCCUUACAAGUGCAAGCGCCAAGAAUAUAAAAUCCAUCAUCAACAAUGGAGACAACUCCGUAUGUCUUGUGGUUGGAGGCGCGCAGGAAUCCUUGUUGAAUGAUGUGGUUGGCAACCACCGCCGAAUCAGCAUGGGAUACAAUGAAGUACAAGAGCCGGACGAUGUAAACGACCCUACUUACACCAAGCAAAUCCGUUUGGUUUUGCAAAAAAGGAAAGGGUUUGUUAAACUUGCAAUUGAGUUGGGGAACGUUUCGUUAGUGCCAGUUUUUGCCUUCGGUGAAGCAGACAUCUAUAAACUCUCAAAACCACAGCCUGGAUCUUUCGGAUACAAGUUCCAGCAAUGGAUGAAAAAGACUUUCCAUUUCACUCUUCCUUUCUUCAGUGCCAGGGGCAUUUUUUUCUACGAUUUCGGCUUUAUCCCAUACCGAACACCUAUUAACAUUGUCACCGGAAGACCAAUAUAUGUACCUUCUGGGCUACUUCAAGAUCAGGCAGAGCCUUCUCCGGUUACUAAGCCUAGACUGUCUUCAUUUACUUCUUUACUCAAAUUGAACAGAUCGAAGACUCAUGUGAGAAGACAAAUUCCACAAGACAUUCUUGACCAUUACCACCGAUUGUACGUUGAUGAGUUAAGAAGAAUCUACGAAUGUAACAAGGACAAAUUUGGCUACGGAGAUGUCGAGUUAAAAAUCAUUGAGUAG